AUGUGCGGAGCGAACGAUGUGCCAAACAAAGGUGGUGGAAGUGUCAACCAGCUUGGAGGGAUGUUUCUCAACGGCAGACCUCUCCCAGAAUCCAAGAGGAGGAAAAUGAUUGAACUGGCCUCAGAGGGAGUCCGACCGAGCCAGAUCUCCAGGAUACUUCGGGUGUCCAACGGAUGCGUCAGUAAGAUCCUGAGCCGCUACCGAAGCACUGGGCUCCUAGAGCCAAAGACCAUCGGAGGGAGCCGACCUCGGCUUCUCACCCCCGGUGUCAUCUCCACAAUCAUCCAGUGCAAAAGGGAAAAUCCGACCAUUUUUGCUUGGGAGAUUAGAAAACGGCUUACUGCAGCACGGAUAUGCAAGGUGUCCAAAGUUCCCAGCGUGUCGUCUAUAAAUCGGAUUUUAAGAAAAAUCCACCUUGACCACGGGCCGAUGUGCAUGGAGAUCAUCAGGACUGAGCAGGAUUUUGCUUCUCUGAUUCAAGAAGAAGUUAAUAAGAGAGAGAUGUUUGAGAAAGUAUGCAGCAAUGAUAAGAAGCCUAAAGGUGUCCAGCAGCGAAACCGUACCACCUUCACCCCGGAGCAGAGCACAGCACUCGAGCAAGAAUUCUCCCACAGUCAGUAUGCAGAUAUGUACACAAGAGAAAAACUCUCAGCUGAGACCAAACUUCCCGAGGACACCAUCAAGGUUUGGUUUUCGAAUAGACGGGCUAAAUGGAGAAGGGAGGCCAAACACAGCAGUGGCAGACAGAACCUUCACAAGCAAAGAGAUUUUGCUCCUGUGAAUUCAGCAAUGCCACAAAGCUUCAUAUCUCAACAGGCAACUGGAGUGUUAAGAGUGAACUGUGAAAACUCAGAGGCCUCCCCUGCAUAUAACACAGUACCCAGGAUUCUGCAAAAUAGCUACUUCUUCCCAAUAGAAACAGGUGCAAGAAAUUCAGAGCAUCUUACAUCCGCCUCAAUCCCGCACUCAAUCCUCCAUCAGCCUAAUCACAUGAUGCCCCGGGCCACGACAAACAAGACUCCACUGGAUCUCCACAGAGACAGAUUCACUUUCCCAUUAGUUCACCAUCAAGAAGACACAAGGACAUCCCUCCCCUUUGUAACUGAGACAAUAAGAACAGACCACCCUGUGACUCAGUGCUUGAACCAGCAGGGGAUUUCUUUUACUUGGAGCCAAUUUCAAACAGAUGACAGGUUUGAAUUUAGGCAGCACAACUGGAAUGUGAAUCCACAUUGCUAUCUGGACUAA